AAUCCGUAAAUCACAUUCCCACUCUUGCUUUUUUUCAGUUUUUCUCUCUCGCUUUCUCAGUAGGCCAUGGCCGAGAGUUGCAACUCUCGAGGGUUCUCAUGGCUUGUGAAAUCCUGCUUUCCCAAUCCACAAGAAACUCGCCGCGGAACAACUCUCAUCACUAAAGUCUCCGAUAAGUCUCCACCCGAAAACGGCCACCACCAAACCACGUUCGCUUCUCUCCCUGAUGAUCUCCUUCUCGAGUGCCUCUCCAGAGUCUCUCCAUGUUCUCUCCCCUCCGCUUCUCUCGUCUGCCGCCGAUGGUCUCAAAUACUCGACUCCUCCGAUUUCUACGAUCUCCGCCGCAGUCACGGCCAUCUCCACAGAACUCUCUUCGCUGUCGCUUUUACAGAUUUUGGAGUCUAUGGAGCGAGCCACCGUAUCGAUAUCGACACGGCAUGGAGGACGACAUUGUUUCCUGCGGUUGAGGUUGUAGCGCCCGAAACGUUCGAUGGAUCUUUCUCACACGCUCGUCUAACGUCGAUCGGACGGCGGAUAUACAUUCUCGGCCGAAACGCGACGAUCCGAUAUGACGCAUGGACCGGAACUGUUACGCCAAGAUCGCCGAUGAUAUUUCCAAGGAAGAAGUUUGCUGCUGCUGCCGUUGCCGGAAAGAUUUACGUAUCUGGCGGAGCCGCUCGGACCUCAGCGGUGGAGGAAUACGAUCCGGAGAGCGACACGUGGCGUAUCGCUGCGGAAGCGCCGAGGAGGCGGUAUGGUUGCAUCGGUGCCACCGUAGAUGGGGUGUUCUACGCCAUCGGAGGGUUGAAGAUCGGUGGGCCACAUAUAGAGGCGACACGUGGUGCGGGGACGGAGGCCCACGUGUACGCAAGCACGAUGGACUUGUACGAUGUGGAGGCGAAGGCGUGGUUGAGGAGCCGUGCGGUGCCGGGAGGGGGUUGCGUGGUGGCAGCAUGUGCGGCGGGAGGACACAUUUUCGUCCUCGCGAGCCAUGCCGUGGAGCUCUCGUUUUGGAGGUAUGAUGGGAGGAGGAAGAGUGGUGGGUUUGGGGAGUGGUGUCGGGUGAGGACCCCGCCCCUCCCGACGCUGGUUAGACUGGACAGUACCGUUAGGUUCAGCUGCGUUGGAGUUGGGGAUAAGGUGGUGCUCGUGCAGGUGUUGGGGUCAAUUGAUGACUUGUUGAGGAGGAGCCGGAGGAGCUGUAGAGGGUUCAAAGAAGGGUUGGUGUUGGUGUAUGAUAAUGAUAUGGGAGAGUGGAGCAGAGGCGUUGAUCUGCCGGAGGUUAUCCGACGCGCCGCUUGCGUCUGUGUGGAGUGCUAGUAGCUAAUGUACGCAGGUGUUGUAACUUUGUGAAGGAAUACUCUGAAAACCUUCACUUUGGCAGUUUGGCCAAGCAAGGAC